CCUUGCACGCGACCGCCCCCAGCUUGGCCCCGCCUCUUCACAGGACGGUAGAGGCCCGCCCUUCUCGUUGCACCGCCUCCGGCCCGCGCCCUCAGUGCGGGGCGUGUUCAGCCCUCCCUGCCCCCCUGGCUCCUUUAGUGAGGACGCUCUGGUCUGGGCUUGGCUGAGACCGCUGUUCUGUUGGCCCUCAGCCUGUUUCCCUCAGCUACUGCCGGGAACCGUGAUGUCUGAGGAGGCGCGGCACCUGCAGAAAAGAGAAAAUAUUCGUCCUUUGACUAUGUGUGGCCACGUUGGUUUUGAGAAUUUGCCUGAUCAGCUGGUCAACAGAUCCAUUCAGCAAGGCUUCUGCUUCAAUAUUCUCUGUGUUGGGGAGACUGGAAUUGGAAAAUCAAUGCUGAUUGAUACAUUGUUUAAUACUAAUUUUGAAGACCAUGAAUCCUCACAUUUUUACCCACAUGUUAGACUUAAAGCUCAGACAUAUGAACUCCAAGAAAGUAAUGUUCGAUUGAAAUUGACCAUUGUGAAUACAGUGGGAUUUGGUGACCAAAUGAACAAACAAGAAAGCUACCAACCAAUAGUUGACUACAUAGAUGCUCAGUUUGAGGCCUAUCUCCAAGAAGAACUGAAGAUUAAGCGUUCUCUCUUUAACUACCAUGAUUCUCGUAUCCAUGUGUGCCUCUACUUCAUCUCACCAACAGGCCACUCUUUGAAGACACUUGAUCUCUUAACCAUGAAGAGUCUUGACAGCAAGGUGAACAUCAUACCAGUGAUUGCCAAAGCAGAUGCAAUUUCGAAAACUGAAUUACAGAAGUUUAAGAUCAAGCUCAUGAGUGAACUGGUCAGCAAUGAUGUCCAGAUAUACCAGUUCCCAACAGAUGAUGAAACUGUUGCUAAAAUCAAUGCUUCAAUGAAUGGACACUUGCCAUUUGCUGUUGUAGGAAGUAUGGAUGAGGUAAAAGUUGGAAAUAAAAUGUUCAAAGCUCGCCAGUACCCUUGGGGUAUUGUACAAGUGGAGAAUGAAAACCACUGUGACUUUGUAAAGCUUCGGGAAAUGCUCAUUUGCACAAAUAUGGAGGACCUUCGAGAACAGACCCACUCUAGGCACUACGAACUAUACAGGCGCUGCAAACUGCAGGAGAUGGGCUUUACUGAUGUGGGCUCAGAGAGUAAGCCACUCAGUCUUCAAGAGACCUAUGAAGCCAAAAGACACGAGUUUUAUGGGGAACUCCACAGGAAGGAAGAAGAGAUGAAGCAGAUGUUUGUGCAACGAGUGAAAGAAAAAGAAGCCAUACUAAAAGAAGCUGAAAGAGAGUUACAGGCCAAAUUUGAUCACCUCACAAGAGUCCACCAAGAAGAGAGAAUGAAGCUUGAGGAAAGGAGAAGACGUUUGGAAGAAGAAAUAAUCUCUUUCUCUAAAAAGAAAGCUACCUCUGAGAUAUACCAGAACCAGAGCUUUAUGGCAAUGGGUAGCAACUUGAAGAAGGACAAAGACCGUAAGAACUCCAAUUUUAUGUAAAACAAAUGUUCCAGAUCACAGAAGGUCAUCACAAGCAAAGUUAUUAAAAUCUUAGAAGUAUGUUGUGAUUUUUCUUGCUUAUUUUAUUUUUUCUGUCUGGCAAGUGGCCAAAGUUACUGCCAUUUCUGGAAAAAUACUUUUAAGUAUAAGAUCAAUAUAUAAGCCAGAGUGGAUGAUAGAACUUACAUAUUCACUGUUAGAAGUUUUUAAGUUGCUGGUUUGUGAUAAAUCUAGGCCCCUGCUACUGAUUUUUGGUCACUUUGCAGAGCAUACUACCACAGAACAGUUUCAGUACCAUAGAAAAUACCAAACUCAUCCAUGUUAUUAUGGCUGGCUGAUUGCAUUCAUGUUCCAAGAUGAGCCUUUUUCUUAUACAUACUAAAGGUAAAAUUUGGGGAAUAUGUUUUAAAAUGUAUUAUGUACCCAAAAGUCUAACCUCUUAAUAGUUUUAUAGAACUUUUUAAUUUUUGAUAUAAUUAUCUAGUUGGUAACAUGACCCUAAGAUUUUAUAUCAAAUUUUAUAUAACAUGGUAGUCUUCUGUGGUUCAGUAUGCCUUCUUGUGAUUGAUGCAUUUUUGUGGUGAAAAAAAAUGUUUGAAAGUAAAAGCAUCCAAGUAUAUAAACCCUUUUUCUAGUGAUAAGUACUUUUGAACCUGGGUGUUACGCCAGUGUUUUCUUUGGGAUGUUUUAUAUAUUGUUGUUGAGAACUCUGUCUUCAGAGGAAAAAUAAUAAGAUUGAAUUAUCUUACUAAAAAUACUGCUUAAAAAUAGCUAUGAACAUCUGAAUACAAAGAUAUAAAAAUUUAGAUAAUUCAUAUCAAAAAGGAUAAUUGAAUUCAGUGCCUUAGUAGUAUUCUCAGAACAAUUAACUUUUCUUAACAGUCAUAGGUAUACAGUUUUUUGUUUUUGUACUUAAAUAUUCUAAGUAAAGCUGACAUUUACUCUUGACAAAAUAUACCUACAUGUUUACUAAAAUAUCUUUAAAUUACACUAACUUUUCAAUUUACAAACUAUCAACUUAAGGAAUAUUUUAUCAAAAUUAGUCCAUUUGAUUAUAUUUGAAUUAUUUUAAAAUAGGUACAUUACCAGUGUUUUUCAGUGUUUAACUUAGCCUAUGUUAGAUUCUGAACAGCAUUUUGUUUUGUUUUUUAUGAAGCUGUGUAAGUUGCUAAUAAAACCUUUCAUUUUCGGGUACAAUUUAUCUUGACAAAUACUUUACUUUCCAUUUUUACAUUUGAAAUACACAAAUGCCUCUUAGCCUUUUUAAACUGUAGUAAAAUAACUUAAAAGGAUCACAGAGAAGCUAUGCACUUUCUUCUCAGGAUCAGUAAUGCCCAGGUUCUAGAAGGUGGGGGCAGGAGAGCUGGUAAGCCCCGAGGGCAGGUAGCCUAUUGUAUAGAGCCCAUCCAACGCCACAGCAUUGAGCAUUAGCAAGCAGAGUCAUCCAGGAGGCUCAGUGGUAUGAUGGCAGUGGUGGUUAUUUGUAGGCUUCAAACUCUGUAGCUGUCCUAAACUUUAAUAAAGUUACUUUUAAUGUUAGAUUGGUUGUUGGCAUAUUCAGACAAAGUUAUUCAAAUUUCUAAUUGAAAAGAUUAUAGAAAGCUGCCUAAAACUCUGCACUGAACACAAGGGUAAAUCACUUUAUUAAUGACUCUGCUUUGAGAAAGACUCACCAUGUGUGCUUCAUCCACAAUGUGACUCUUUCAUUUAUUUCCUCUAUUUGGGAUUCCAGGUAUGAUUUUAUUUUAAAAGAGUUAUGCUGCAAAUAAAACAAUUAUAGACAAUUGCACAGUAAUAUUCCAAUUCUCCUUACAAAGUGAAUUAUUAUACACUAAUGGUUAAAUUAAUAAACUUCCUGGGAACAAAAUAAAGCUAGAUAUGUUUUCUUUAUUAUUUUUUCUGAUAAGGCAUGUGAAACAGAAUUUUCUCUCACUACCAACCAUUAAUCUUUAUAUAUACUAUCCUGAAUUUUAAAGCUCUUUCACAUAGACUAUUAUUUCAGUUUCAAAAUUACACAAAGGAAAAAGCAUUACAGGUAUUAUUAGUAUCCCCAUCUUGAAGAUGAAAUUAAUUUAGGUCCUGUGUUCUUCUUGGGCUAGAAGGCUAUCCAUGUCCUUCUGGAGCAACAAUAGUAACAAGACAGAGCAGAUUUAUUCAUAGAGUACUCUCAAAGGCACUCCUGCCCCUAUUCACAGAGCGCAACAGAGCAUCCAGGGAAGUGACUGGGUCUUAAAACAUUAGAAAUAAUUUUUCAAAUGCAGGAAUGGAGAAAGGCAAUUCAGGUAUAAGGAAUAACAUGUUUUUGAUAAAAUAUGUAUACUCUGGAAAGUAGAUAAAUAUGAAUAGAGAGUCUAGGGGAGAUGUGGGUCAUGAGUUGGGGUGAGGUUUUAGAGGCAGGUUGAGAAAGAGUUUGUAAGCCCAAUCCCACAGGCAGUAGGAGCCAUGGAAAGAUUUGAUCUCACAUGGUCAAAUACUUCUACAGAGUUCAUGGGAAAGAUAAACUUAGAGGAGGAACUAUGGCAGGGGCAGUCAACUCAUUAGACUAUAGUCUAGGCCAGUAGUUCUUAACCCUGAGUAUACAAUAAAAUAAUGUAAGUUGAGUUUAAAAAAAAUACCAAUGCAGCCCUGGCCAGUGUGGCUCAGUUGGUUGGCGCAUUGACCUGCAAAUCGAAAGAUCAUGGAUUCGGCUCUUGGCCAGGGCACAUGCAUGGAUUGCAGGUUUGGUUUCCAGUCAGGGCACCAACAAGAGGCAACUGAUUGAUGUUUCUCUCCCUACUCCCUCCCUUCCCUCUUCUCUAAAAUCAGUAAGCAUGUCCUCAGAUGAGGCUAAAAGAAUACCAGUGCACAAAGGAAUAUAUAGAAAUGGAAGUUGACAUUAAAAGGAUAAAUCUAAAUGACAAAUGACUAUAAACUAAUAUGUCUCUCGUGGUUAGAAAUAUAUAAAGAACAUAGUUUUAAUACAACACAACAGUGACCUGUUGGUAGAGUAGAGCAGAUCAAAUGGUCUAGGUUCUUGUGUUAACUAGGAUGAGGAUAAAACUCCCAGUUCACCAGGCAACAUGAGACUUAAAAGAGUGAAUAUAAGUAUGGUAAAGUGUGUAAAUAAUGAUAAAGUAUUUUCAAGCAGUAGAAAGAAAACUAGUCUAACAAAGGAUAAUCCAAAAUAAAUUAAGAAAAUAAGGGAAAUAAAAUAGGUAUAACACCAGAAAGCAUUUAGUAAUAUGGUAGAUUUAGAUCCAAAUAAAUCAGUAAUUACAUGUACUACAUGCUCUAAUUUUUUUAGAUAAAAAAUUAAACAGCUAUGUGUACUUCACUAGAGAGAGGUCUAAAACUUUAUCUCUUUAUAGACAGAAGAAGGGGAAAGGAAAAUGAACAUCAUACAAAUUUUAACCAAAAGAUAAUGAGUAGCUAUAUUUUCUGUAUAUUAAAAAUGUUAAGACAAAAAGCAUUGUUAAGGAUGAAGAUGUACACUUCAAGUAAUAGAAUAUAUAGCAAUCCAAAUUUGUAUGUUAUGUAGUAGCUUCAGCAACUCAUGGGUCAGAGAAGAAAUAAAAAAGAAAAUUAGAAAAUAUUUUUAACUGAAUAACAAUGUAAGUAUGAUAUACCACAGCUCGUGCAAAGCAGCUAAAGUCAUACUUAGAGUCAAAAUUUAUAGUCCUAGGCCCUGGCUGGUGUAGCUCAGUGGAUUGAGCACGGGCCUGCAAACCAAAAGAUGGCGGUUUGAUUCCCAGUGAAAGCACAUGCCUGGGUUGCAGGCCAGUUCCCAGCAGGGGAUGCACCAGAAACAACCAUACAUUGAUACUUCUCUCCUUCUCUACUUCCCUUCCCUUCCCUUCCCUUCCCUUCCCUUCCCUUCCCUUCCCUUCCCUUCUAAAGAGAAAUUUAAAAAAAUUGAUAAUCCUUAGAAUUAGUAUUAGCAGGGGAAAAAGGCUGAAAACCAAUAUUCUAUACAUUCAUCUCAAAGAAUAAUUAAAGAGGAAUAAAGUAACUAAACCAACAGAAAAAUAGCAUAAAUGAGGAAUUAAUGAAAUAUAAAAAUAUUGGACGUUCUUACAUUUUAAAAUAUUAAGAAUGAUAAAUCAUUACAAGGAUGACCUAAGAGAAUGAGAAGAGGCAUAGAAUGACUAAAAUUAAAAAUAACAAUAAACCUGACACUAGAGAAGAAAGGGACAUGGAAUGACUAGAAAGAACAUUCUACAUUGCUGGAAGGAAUGCAACAUGAUUCAAGCACUAUGGCAGUUUCUUGUAUAUUUACCAUAUGUGUUAGUUUUCUAUGGCUGCUCUAACAGGUUACCACAAACUUAGUGGAUUAAAGUAACAUUAGUCUUACAGUUUUAGGGGUCAGAAAGUUGACAUGGGUCUCACAGGGCUAAAAUCAAGAUGUGGAUAGGGCUUUGUUCUAGGCAAGAAUCCCUUUCUUGGCCUUUUCUAGCUUCUGGAAACCUACAUACCUUGGCCCAUGAUCCAACCUUUUUAAAAGAUACCAAUGGUGAGUUGAGUUCUCACACUGGAUCAGUCUGACCUUUUCCGCUUCCUUGUUCUUCCACUUAACUGGGCCCACCUUAAUAAUCUUAUUUGCUGAAUAGCAACUUUAAUUCCCCUUUGCCAUGUAACCUAACAUGUAGAGGGACCAGAGAUUAAGAUCUUUAGGGGAGUGACAUUAGAGGAAUGGUGGUGUGAGAGAUCCCCUUGGUCUCUCCUCAACAAAGGAGUUCCUGUUCAACAUACAGGCAUGCCAAAGAGACCCAUGCAUUGAAGCAUCUAAAGGUGGGCCAAGGGGAACAAACAAGAGGCAAGAAGGGAGGAGAGUCCAGCUGAAUCACUGACAUAGCCCCGCAGCCCAGAGUUUGCAGUGGACUCGGCUUGAAGAAGGGAGGAAGCUGGAUGUGCUGAUGAUGCCUCCUUUGGCCAUCAGGGAGAAGCAGCGUCUUGGUGGACCUUUCUGCAGGAGUGAGCUGUAUGAACUGCUGGUGAGAGGCCUGAGCAAGGACACAGUGCAGGGGUUCUGCAAUGAUUGUUGUCUGUCAGGUAGUCAUUGUUCCAAACAAAGAAAUGGAGCCACUGAGCCCUGAUGCCUUUUAGACUACCAAAACUCACUUCCUGUGGUCCUUGUUAUCGGGUUCCAGAGCACAUUGUCUCCAAACCCAAGAACUAUUAUAUCAGAAUUACUGUAUCCCUCUGUGACUGUUACCUUGUUGGGAUUCACAGCAGUGGAACCAGUGGAGGCCUGAAGUUGCCAUUACUGAGAGGGUAAAACAAAUUCCACCCCUAGCAUCACAGUUAUACUAAUGACAACCAUGUGGGUCAGCUUUGGGAUUUUACAAAGCUUCAUAAAACUCUUGAUUCAGUGCCACCUACUGGAAAAUAGUAAAAAGACUUCUUUGUAGAAAUCUACUGAAGUACAGUUAAUACAUGGAUGCCUAGACAGAGAUGGAGCCCAUCAUAUACCAUGAAUAACCAAGGUAGCAAGGCAGCUCAGAAAGAAAAUAAAAAAUCUCCAGCAAGUGAACUGGAACACAUGGAAAUCAGUGAUAUAUGUGACAGCAUUCAAGUUUGCAAUUCUUAAAAUACUCAAUGAGAUGGGAGAAUAUGCAAACAGGCAAUUUGAUCCACUAAGAAAAAUUAAUGAACAAAAUACCAAAUAGAUUGAAACUUUAAAAAAGAACCAAAUAAAUCCUAGAAAUGAAGUAUUCAAUAAAGAAGAUCAGGUAUGAACCACUGAGUCUAGCAAACAGCCAGUCAGAUGGAGGAAAGAAUUAUGAUAUUGAAGAGAGGAAUCUAGAAAUGUUGCAGAGGGAGGAAGAGAGAUACCUGAGCAUAAAAAAAAAAAUGAAAGAGCUCUGCAAGAAUUGUCUGACUCCAUCAGAAAGAGCAAUAUAAGAAUAAUAGGCAUACCAGAAGAAGAAUAGGAAAAGGAAACAGAGAGCCUAUUCAAACAAAUACUAGAUGAGAACUCCCCAACCAGUGGAAAGAACUAGAUCCUCAAAUCCAAGAAAGAAACAAUACCUAGUUACCUUAAUCAAAAGAGGCCCUCUCUAAGGCACAUUUUGUUAAAACUCAAAAAUAAUGACAAAUUCUCAAAGCAGCCAGGGGGAAAAAAAGAUAGUGACCCACAAAGUAAAUUCCAUUAGGUUAUUAUUGGACUUUUCAGGAGAAACUCUAUAAGCCAAAAGAGAGGGGGACCAAAUACUCAAAAUACUGAAAGAAAUUACCAGCCAAGAAUAAUAUGCCCAGCAAAGUUAUCCUUUAAAUAUGAAGGAGGAAUAAAGACCUUGCCAGACAUCCAGAAGCUGAGGGAAUUUAUCACUAGAAAAUCUGAGACAACAAAAAGCCACAACAUUAUGAAUGAGAUGACCAAAGAAACAGCAUAAACAGAUAAUUUGUGACAACAAAAACAAAAGGGGUGAGGCAAAGGCUUGAACUGGCAAAGGAGAAUGGAAAUAGAUGCACUAAAAAUUAACAAACUAUGGUUUAUAUUCAACUUUGUAAUAAAGGUAACCACACACAAAAACCCCAAAUCAGACACAUAACUUAAGAGGAAACAGAAUAGAAGUAUGGAAUACUACCAAACAAAAUGGACAAACACAAAGGAAAAUAACCAGUUUUCUGGGACAGAGAUACCAGAAAACAAAGGAUAAAAUGGUUAUAGGCAAUCCUCAUCAAUAGUAACCCUAAAUGUAAAUGGACUGAAUUCAUCAAUAAAGGGGUACAGAGAACAGAUUGGGUCUGAGAACAAACCCAACAAUAUUCUGCCUUCAGGAGACAUCUAAGCUGCAAAGACAGUGGUAGAUUUAGAAAGUGAAAGGGUGGAAAGUAAUUCUCCAAACAAAUAACAUCCACAGAAAAAUAGGUGUAGCCAUAUUUGUAGCCAAUAUGUAGCCAUAUUUGGCAGAUACAUAUGUAUCUGCCAAACAUAUGUAAAGAUAGCAAGGGUAACAGGAGAGAAAGAUGGUGGAAAUUUUAUGAUAAAGGGAUACUACAUCAAGAAGACAUCAUACAUCUUAAUAUAUAUGCCUCCAAUCAUGGAGUACUGAAAUAUGUAAAGCAACCGCUAACAGAAGUAAAGAAAGAAACAGACACAAAAAAGGUCAUAGCUGGGGAUCUUAAUACUCAAUUGACAGCUCCAGAUAGAUCAUUUAAACAGAAAAUCAAGAAAGAAAUAUCAGCCUUAAAUGAUCCAUUAGAUCAAAUGGACAUAAUUGGUAUGAACAUAGGUUCUUUGAAAUUGAUGUUUUAGGAUUCUUAGUAUAUAAUCCUACCAGUGGAAAUGCUGGGUCAAAAGGCAGGUCGAUUUUUAUUUUUCUGAGAAAAUUCCAUACUGUUUUCCAUAAUGGUUGUAUCAGUCUGCAAUCCCACCAACAGUGAACUAGGGUCCCCUUUUCCCCACACCCUCUCCAAUAUUUGUUGUUUGUUGCUUUGUUUAUGAUAGGCAUCUUGACUGGUGUAAAGUGGUAUCUCAUUCUGGUUUUAAUUUGCAUCUCUCUGAUGGCUAGCAAUAUUGAGCAUCUCUUCAUGUGUCUCUGGAUAUUCUGUAUGUCCUCCUUAGAGAAGUGUCUGUUCAAGUCCUUUCCCCAUUUUUUAAUUGGGUUAUUUGUAUUCUUAGUGUGGAGUCAUGUAAGUUCUUUGUAUAUUUUGGAGAUUAAAACUUUG